CAGGCCCUGGCCAGGCAGGUCUGCGAGGGCCUGGCCAUCGGCACCAGCCUGCUGGCCUACCUCGUCAACAGCCUCGUCAACGUGUGCCUCAUCGGCACGCAGAACCUCUUCACCCUGGUCGCGGCCCUGUGGGACUCGGUCGCUGGCCCCUUCCUCAGAGUCACGGACCUGCUGGCUGCGUUCCUCGCGCACGUCUCUAGCGGUGCCAUCGCUGUGUCCAUCCUGCUGUGGUCGCCCUGCCAGCUGGCCUUUGAGGUCCUGGCCUCCGUCGCCGAGCUCUUCAUCAGCAUCUUCUUCGUGAAUAUUUACGGCCUGGGCUUGCUCCUCCUCAUUAUUGUUGUCAGCGCCUUCGUCUUCAACCCCGGGCUGCUGUGGACACUGACAGGCUACGUGCUGGGCUACUUCAACACGCUGCCUUCCUACCACCGCCUGCAGCGGGAUGUGUGGCGGCUCUAUCAGGUGGCAGUCUUGACGCUGGGUAUGGCCAUGACCUCCCAGGCCUGGCGCAGGUUGGUGGACUGGAGCCUGCAGGUGACCAACUGGAGCCGAGGAGGCAGAACGGUGAAUCGGGAAAGCAACCAGCGAGGGGCAGCUGCGCCCGCCCUGAGACCUGCAGCCCCCGGCAGGCUCAUGCUGGCAGGGGUCGGCCAACUGCCAGCCGAGGACGAGGACCGGCUGGAUGCGGAGCAGGUACCACAAGCACGUCCCGCUCUGAGUCGAAGUGCUGUGGCAGGACAGCGUCUCCAGCCACCCAGGGAAGAACCAAGCACCUCCUGGGGGAAAGGUCUGAGGCGGCGGCAGCUGAAUGCAGCAGCUGAGGAUGGUGAGGGCACGCUGGAUAAUGACCCCUGGAUGCUCCUGAAAGAACAAGAGGAACGUAAGAAAUGUGUCAUCUGUCAAGACCAAACUAAGACAGUCCUGCUUCUGCCCUGCAGGCACCUGUGCCUGUGUCAGGAGUGCACAGAAGUCCUCCUGCAGCAGGCCAUCUACCAGCGCAACUGCCCGCUGUGCCGCCAGAUGAUCCUCCAGACACUCAAUGUGUACUUGUGA